UUCCCCCGCCUUCCUUCCCCUCCGACCCACCGGCAUCUCACUCCUCAUCCGCAGUCUGCGCACACCACCAAAUCCCUACCUCCUCUCAUUCACUCGCCCAUCUCACCAACCAUGGCCGCCGCGUCCGACUCUGACGCCGGCGCCCAGCAGCCGCGCGACGACCCCAGCCUCCUCCCUUUCGCCUCCUUCUCGCUCGCCCUCUCCAUCCGCGCGCCGGCCACCCCCACACUCGCCUCCGUCCCCUCCACCAUCCACCUCCCCACUCAAAUCUCUACACUCGCCGUCUGCCUCCACCCCUCCGCCGCGCAGCCUCCCUCCCGCCGCCCCACCCGCCUCAAUUCCGCCACCUCCUCCGUCAUCGCCCCGCUGCCCUCCUCGACGCCGGGCCUCUCCCGCUCCUUCCCCUCGGGCGCGCCCGCCGCCGCGGGGCGCCGCCGCACGCUCGUCUGGUUCCGCGCCGACCUCCGCCUCCACGACCAUGAGCCGUUCCACGCCGCAGCGGGGGCGUCGUCCUCCCUCCUCCCUGUCUUCGUCUUCGACCCGCGGGACUUCGGUAAGUCCCCCUCGGGGUUCGACCGAACGGGCCCGUACCGCGCCAACUUCCUGCUCGACUCCGUCGCCGACCUGCGCCGGAGCCUCCGCGCCCGCGGCGGGGACCUGGUGGUGCGCGUGGGCAGGCCCGAAGUGGUCAUCCCCGAGCUCGCGCGGGCGGCGGGCGCGGAGGCCGUGUACGCUCACGGCGAGGUAUCGCGGGACGAAGUCCGCGCCGAGGAGAGGGUGCAAAAGGCUGUGGAGAAGGAGGGCAUCAACGUGAAGUACUUCUGGGGUAGCACGCUAUACCAUGUGGAAGACCUUCCCUUCCACCUCGAGGACAUGCCGUCCAACUAUGGCGGCUUCAGGGAGGCCGUGAAGGGUUUGGAGGUUAGAAAGGUGCUGGAAGCGCCCGAGGAGGUCAAGUGCGUGCCCAUGAAGAAUGUGCUCGAGCCCGGCGACAUCCCCACGCUUGCUGAGCUCGGGCUCACUGCGCCACCAGCCAUGGCACAGGACUCGAAACCUGCUGUUGGAUCUACUCUCAUUGGUGGUGAGACAGAAGCUCUGGAGAGGUUGAAGAAGUUUGCUGUAGAAUGCUCUAUGCAGCCAAACAAAGCAGACAAAAGCAAUACCCAAGAUAGCAUAUAUGGUGCUAAUUUCUCCUGCAAAAUUUCUCCAUGGCUUGCUACAGGUUGCCUCUCUCCACGCUUCAUGUAUGAGGAGUUGAAGAAGCAUGCUACUAGAGCAAUUCCUUUUGGGUCAACACCCAAGAAUAAUGAUGGCACAUCUGAUGCUGGGACAAAUUGGUUAAUGUUUGAGUUGCUAUGGAGAGAUUUCUUCAGGUUCAUCACAAAGAAGUACAGUUCUGUACAGAAGACAUCUGAAGUUGCUACUGGUUGCACUCCCGCCCCAGCGCUUGCAUGAACAUACUUAGACAAGCUGAUUGCCAGCUGCUUUUUGGGUGAUAAACUUAUGUGCACUUUCAAUGGAGUCUGAAAUUUUCUUUUUUUUUGCCGCCAAUAAUGUUGGUAAUCGAAGUAAAGGCUGAAUGCGCAUUCUUGCGUUUUGGUUGGUAGAUCUCAGAAGGGAUCUUUGUAUCUGAUUCUGUCGACAUUCCUCUGAAUGACCGUUCAAUGCAAUGAUGUGAGCAACGUAUCGGCUGUUGUAUAAACUUGUUCUGUCGACAUUCCUGCAAAUGACUGUUCAAUGCAAUGAUAUUGUGAGCAACC